GAAAAAAUGAGCGACACACACACAUCCCGGAAUCAAUGACUCCUGCUUGCGUAGGCAAAACGCGGCCAUCUGCACUGUGCCCAGAGGCACCCACGCUGUUUGCAGUCUCUUCCCAUGAGGGUCUCACUGCCGAUCACUCCCUGAAGCGUCUGCUCCAUCCUCGCACCCUUUUGCAAUCUACAAAAUGACCCAUCAUCAUGUAUGAAACGCUAAUACGAGCUGAGAGAUAAGUCUUCAGAGAGGACAGCAUGGGACAAGAAGUCAAGGUCCCUGGUUUAAGAAGCUGAAACUCGCACGGAUCGGAAUUCAUCAUGGUUCGACCAGAUAGGGUGGAAGACCGCUGCUGUCUGGUCGCCAUCAUUUUCUUCAUCCUGGGGCUCGGAACCCUCCUUCCUUGGAAUUUCUUCAUGACCGCUAGUCUGUAUUUCAACGAUCGCCUGAAAGGGGAGGAGUCUCGGAAUGAUUCCGUCCCCAGCAACGGAACCGCUGUCACUCGCACGGAAUACUACUUCAACAACUGGAUGACUCUGCUAUCCCAGCUUCCCCUGCUUCUCUUCACCUUCCUCAACUCCUUCCUGUACCAAUUGAUCUCGGAGCGACUGCGCAUCGCUGGCAGCCUCCUCUUCAUCCUCUUCUUCUUCAUCCUCACCGCCGUCCUCGUCAAGAUCCCCAUGGAGCCCGGAAUCUUCUUCUCGGUCACCAUGGCGACCAUCUGGUUCAUCAACUCCUUCGUUGCAGUACUCCAGGGCUCUCUCUUCGGGCUGGUCGGUUUGCUCCCGCAGAAGUACAGCACCCUGUUCAUGAGCGGGCAGGGGCUGGCCGGGACCUUCGCUGCCCUCGCCAUGCUGCUGGCUCUCUCCAGUGGGACAGACUCCAAGACGGCAGCCCUGGGAUAUUUCAUCACCCCCUGCGUCGGCACCCUGGUCUCUGUGGCUUGUUACCUGCUCCUGCCUCAACUGGAGUUUGCCCAGUUUUACUUGAAUAAAAGUAACCAGAAAAAGAACUACGAGCUGGAGAACAACGACACGCUGCUGAAUAAAGAGAGCGCCGACCUGCAGGAGGACAAGAAGCAGAACAGCCACAGCAUCGGGAACGGGCAGGCCCUCCUGAGCCUGGAGCCGGCUGAGGACAGGAAAUCCUCCCUGUGGCACGUGCUGAAGCAGAUCCGGGUCAUGGCGUUCUGCAUCACCUUCGUGUUCACCGUCACGCUGUCCGUGUUCCCCGCAGUCACUGUGGACGUGAAGACCGUGUACACAGGAGCCUGGGAGCGCUACUUCACCCCAGUCUGCUGUUUCCUGGCCUUCAAUGUGAUGGACUGGGCUGGAAGAACAGUCACCACCUUUGUGAGAUGGCCGCGGAAGGAGAGCCCCCUGUUCCCGGUGCUGGUGUGCUGUCGCGUGGUGUUCGUUCCUCUCCUCAUGCUGUGCAAUGUGCAGGAGCGCUCCUACCUGCCUGUGCUUUUCUCUCAUGACAUGCUGUUCACCUUCCUCAUGCUGCUCUUCUCCCUCAGCAGUGGAUACUGCGUCUGCCUCUCCAUGACCUACGCCCCUCAGCUAGUCAAGCCGCAGGAUGCAGAGACGGCCGGGGCUCUCAUGACGUUCUUCCUGGCUCUGGGGCUGUCGCUGGGGGCUGCUCUGUCCUUCCCUCUGCGAUUGCUGGUGUGAACGAGAUACCAAGAGGAGGGGCUGAGUGAGGGAGCGAGAGGAGCAGGGGGCUGCCGGAGGGAGGGAGCAGGCGGGAGAGAGACAGAGAGAGAGAGAGAGAGAGAGAGAGAGAGAGAGAGAGAGAGAGGAAAUGGUCUUGCAGGCACGCCAGGGCAUUACAGGGGCAGGGUGCAAUGACUCUGCAGCGACGGGAACACAAGAGCAAUGGGACUAGAAGACGUUCCUAAGGUCCUGAAGGACGCUGAUUUUUUAUGUAUUUAUUUUUUCCCCAUGGGUUUCAAAUCUUAACGUUUAUCAAAACGGUGGAAACUUCACAGGUUCUCACUGCCCGAGAGGUUAGAAUCCUGCUCUUUUUUAAAUUAUUUUAAAGGGAAUUUUUUAUAAAUCUAGAUAUCUAUAUAGAGGAAUAAAAAUACUGCCUAUGAAUGCCUGACACUGUUUGAUUACUAAUAACUAGUGCACUGUUUAUUUGCUGUAUAGGGUGCCGCCAUUGUACAGUUCUUAGUAUGCAAAGUUCACUUCAGGUUUACAUGCUGUCCAGAAUGUGUCCUUGGAAUUUGAUGCAUUUGCAGUUUAUUGCUUUAGUUACAGUAGCCAAACUUUGCUUGAGUGUUACAGGUUUGGCGAGUCUGAUCUAAACUAGAACUACAGCAGUUGAAUUCUUGAUAUACUAAUGUAUUACACGUCCUCCUCAUGAAUGCAGAGUGACGGUUUUCUUUUAAAUUGACGGCCUUGUUUUUCACGGUAAGGGCGUUGCUUUUUUGUUGUCAGUCAACUGUUCUGGUUUCUAGAAUUCAGCCCAAUUUCCUGAAGCGAUAUAACCUCACUUCCUGUGUUACAGAUAAUAAGGCCCCCCUCUGCAACAUCCUGGAACGUGUGUGUAUGUGCAGUUUUAUCAUGUAGCUCAAGGUUUAUCCGUCCUUUUACUAAACCUUUUAUAAAAGCUUACCAUGGUUUGUUAUUGCUUGAACAUUUCAUGAUUAUGUAGUUUUUUUUCUGUCUUUUUAGGAAGUUGGAAAAAUCACGAGCAUCAAAAAUAAUUCUUCAGCCCUGUAUACAGGGGCGCUGGAACUAGGCAACACCCCCUUUAAAAAUCGUUCCAGUGCCGCUGGCUGUAUAACACAUUUCUUGUUAGAUCAAUAUGCCUUAUCAGAUUUAUAGGAUCGAGACUUGAGUCUUUGUUCAUUACUUUGUUCUUCAGUUCAGGAUGCUUUGCUGUGCAGCAACUUAUAUUUAAUUCAAUUGCAUCGAAAGCUUGAAUGAAUAGGCCCGUGCAAGCAAUUUAUUUCUGCAAUAAUUGUUAAUACAUUAUUAAAAUCAAGGGAUUAUUAAUACUUGAGUUAUCUGUCAUUGUUAUUGGGGCUUGUAGUUUUGCACAAUGAGCCGUUGAGAUCUUAAACUGCACAAGCUGGCUGAGAGUCAACGCCAGGUCUGUUGACUGUUUUUUUUUUUGUAGUGUGUGUGCUUUUACUCUUUUCAAUCAUUUGUCAUUACA